AUGAGAUUAGUAGGAAGCAACGAGCAUGAAGAAAUGUGGCGAAAAUCCGCUGUACAUGAAACACACAUUAAUCAUAAAAAAACGUCGAUAGACAGUGAUUCUGAUCGUGAUGCUUAUUAUGCUGCUCGUCGAACAUCUGUUGCUGUUGCUGCUAUAGAUACAGGUUAUCUUGAUCGUGACAUUUACGUUCGUGAUUACAAUACUGAUGAAUAA